AUGCCCUUAUUCGGAUUCAGCAAGAAGGAGGGUGAAGAAGUAAAAGAAAGAAUUUCAAACGAUAUCAAUCCCGGAAAAGGUUUGAAACACAACAAGGGCAAACCCAAGAAAGCACCUUACGCCACACAAGACUCCACUACCGCUCGGUUCUUGACCAAUUGUUCCGACGAACACAAGGAAUCUUUGCAGUGCAUUGAACAGAACUACAAUAACCGAGGAGCCUGUCAACCAUUCUUUGAUGCUUACAAGCAGUGCCGCGCGGAAGAAAAUGAAGCACGCAAAGCAGCAAAUUCGGGUGGAAAGGAAGAGAAGGGCUUUGGAAGAAUUGCCGUCGUCCCUAGUGCUGGAACACCAUGUCGACCAUUCUUGCAUCACUCGCAUACGCAGAAUUUUGCAGCAGCUACUGAUAUUGAUAGCAUUGCCAACAGUGCAGAUUCGCCGCUGCGCCUCAUUUCCUUUGAUCUGGACGAUACAUUGUUUCCAACCACUGAUGUCGUCAAGGCGGCCAACAUGAAAAUGUUGGAUGCCUUGAAAGAACGAGGGUGUGGUCAAGUGGCACUUCCCGACUAUUUGGCCACCACCAAGACGAUUCGGAAAGGUUUGGAGGCACCUAGCACCUAUCAAGGGCUGCGCAAAAUGGCGUUGAAGCAAACCUUUUUGAAUGCUGGCAUAAACAAUGACGAUCAAUUGGACGCGUGGGUCAAUGAGUGCUACCAAGCAUGGGAGGACGAACGACAUGCAGCAGCUCAACGAUUUCUUUAUGAGGAUGCCAUGGAAACGUUGCAAGCGCUAAGGGCGACCUACCCAGACGCUGCUAUUGUGGCCAUUACCAAUGGUGCGGGGGAUCCUUUGCAAAUGAAAGAGACCUUGGCACCCUACUUUGAUUUUACUAUCAGUGGGGAAAUGGACGCUGUCUUUCCUUAUCGCAAGCCACACGAUUUCAUCUACAAGUACUCCCUGCAACACUAUCAAGAGAAGACAGGUACCGUUGGAGAUGACUCCUUUCCAACUUUGGGUGAAUGGGUACAUGUCGGGGAUUGCUUGGCAAACGAUGUCGGUGCGAGUGCACGAUGUGGUGCGCAAGCCAUUUGGUUCUGUCAUUUGGAGGAGGACGAAAUGAUGGAAGAAAAGAAGGGAGACCCAGAAGGCAAAAUGCAGACUCCCGAAUGGAGUACGGCAACACCCGAGGAAGUGGCUGCGAGAAAGAAGCAAGUCGAAAACGGAAAAAAGUAUGUUGCCGCUAGCAUUCACAGGCUUUCGGAGCUACCUGACGCCAUCAAAUCAGUUCUCACAGCAAAGCGACCAGCUCUUCAAGAUAAUUAA